CGACUUUGCAAGUGUAGUGGCGAGAGGCGGAAACAAAGUGAGUUUACCAUGAGCAACUGGCAACCAGCUCCUGACGCGCUCAACGAGGUCGUGGCGUUGCUCCAAGCUAGCACCGUCCCCGACAAUGCGAUCCAGCAGCAAUCCUACCAACGCCUGAACCAAUACAGUGUGCAGCCCGAGUUCCACCUGUACCUGUUGCACGUGUUUGCGCACCAUCCCGAGAUCGGCGUGCGACAAGUCGCUGGGCUUCUGCUGAAGAAGAGCAUCAAGAACAUGUACCACAACUUGAGCCCGGACAUGCAGACCCACAUGCGCACGAGCAUCCUGUCGCUUCUCACGGACCCGCACCCGAAAAUCCGCAGCACGGCUGGCCUGCUCCUCACGACCGUCGUGCAAGUGCUCGUGACGUUCGACCAGUGCCCGGAAAUGAUCCCUGGUCUGCUGCACUACCUGCAGGAUGCGGCGAACGAGAGCGGCGUUGAAGGCGCGUUUGGCGCGCUCACGAAGAUCUGCGAAGAUCACGCGGACAAGUUGAACGACCAGCGGCUGGCGUCGCGGCCUCUGGACGCUCUCAUCCCAAUCUUCCUCCAGUACUUCAACCAUCCCCGCCCCGAAUUUCGUCGCGACGCGUUGAACUGCAUGAACCAGUUGAUUCUCAUCAUGCCCACCGCGCUCGACCUCAACAUCGACGCGUUCCUUCAGGGCAUCUCCCAUUUGACCCAAGACACGUCCAGCCCCGUGCGCAAACUGGUGUGCCAGAGCAUCGUGAUCCUCCUCGAAGUGCGCAUGCAAGUUCUGAUGCCUCACUUCACCCCCAUCGUUCAGUUCAUCCUUCACGCGUCAAAUGACCCCGACGAGACGGUGGCACUGGAAGCAUGCGAGUUCUGGUCAUCCAUCUGCGAUCUCCCGCCCGAGCUCUUCAACGACGUCAAGCCGCUGUUGAGUCACGUGCUCCCGCAUUUGAUUCCUCUGUUGCUGUCGCGCAUGGUGUACUCGCCAGAAGACAUUGCCCAAUUCGAGCUCGAAGAAGACGAACAGAACGAAAACGUACCCGACCGGCCUGAAGACAUCAAGCCCAUCUUUCACAAGAGCAAACAUGCCGCCGACGAUGACGCAAGCGAUGACAACGACAGCGAUGACGAAGAAGAUGACACGGGGGACGACGACGUCGAGCAGUGGAACCUCCGCAAGUCCGCCGCCGCCGGCCUCGAUACCCUCAGCCACUCGUUUGGGGUGGAUAUCCUGCCCAUUCUCCUCCCGCUUCUCCAAGAACGCCUGGCCAACACGGGCGGACACUGGGCCAUCCGCGAGUCGGGCAUCUUGGCCCUCGGCGCCAUCGCCGAAGGUUGCAUGGACGGCGUCGUGCCCCAUCUCCCGACGCUCUUCCCGUAUCUGCUCACGCUCAUGAAUGACCCCGCGCCGUACAUUCGCAGCAUCACGUGCUGGACACUCGGCCGAUAUGCCAACUGGGCUGUGUCUCUCAACGACCACGAAAACGUACUCAAGCCACUGAUGACGUCCAUGCUGGAGCGUGUAUUGGACGGCAACAAAAAGGUGCAGACGGCGGCGUGCUCUGCGUUUUGCACGCUGGAAGAAGAGGCGGCGGACGACUUGAUCCCGUACUUGGCGCCCAUUUUACACAACUUGAUGUACGCGUUUGGGCGGUACCAGGCGCGGAAUUUGCUCAUUUUGUACGACGCAAUCGGGACGCUGGCCGAUUCCGUGGGCGAAGCCCUCAACUACCCGGACCUCGUCGCGGUGUUCAUGCCGCCGUUGAUUGCCAAGUGGCAUGCAGUAGCAGACGACAACGCCGAGCUGUUUCCGCUCCUCGAGUGUCUGACGUCGAUCGCGUCGGCGCUUGGCCUCGGGUUCCAGGAGUACGCGCGCCCCGUGUUGGACCGAUGCAUCCGGCUCAUCGAGACGGGACUGCUGUCGUCGGCAUUGGCGACGCAUCGCCCCCAAGACGUCGAGCCCACAGACCCAGAGUUCAUUGUGUGUGCGCUCGACUUGGUCUCUGGGAUCGCCGAGGGGCUGGGCGCCAACAUGGAAGGACUGAUUGCCCCCACGAAUGUGCUCAACUUGGUCGUCGAGUGCGUGCGCUUUCCCCUACACAACGUCCGCCAGAGCGCGCUGGCGGUCAUGGGGGAACUCGCCAAGAACUGCUUCUCCCUUGUCGGCCCCCAUGUCCAAGACAUCGUGCCGCACCUCCUGCGCAACAUUGAGCCCGACUACCCCUCCGUGUGCAAUAACGCGAGCUGGGCGUUGGGCGAGAUUGCCGUCAAGGUUGGCGCCGACAUUGGGGCGUUCGCCCCCGACGCGAUUAACCGGCUGGUCGCGGUGCUGGGGUACCAAGACCCGCGGCCGACGCGCAGCUUGCAAGAGAACUGUGCGAUUACGAUCGGGCGGCUGGCGUACGUCGCCCCCCAAGCCCUCGCCCCCCUCUUGCCGCAAUUUGCGAGCUUGUGGUUCAAGACGCUGCGGGUGUUGCAAGACGGCGAAGACCGCGAAGUGGCGUUCACGGGGCUGGUCAAGCUGGUACAGCUCAACCCGUCGGGGAUUGUACAGGACUUUAUGCAGCUGUGUGUGGCAUUUGCUUCGCUGGAAGACCGAAAGAAGGACGGGUACCAGAUCAGCGAAGGGCUGCACGAGAUGCUCCAGCAGAUCGUCCAGGGGUUCAAGCGUAGUCUGGGCGACCAAUGGCCCGCCUACUACGAGAGCUUUCCCCAGCCUCUGCGGGACAUCAUCUCGGCGCGGUACCAUGUGUAACCAACCAGCUACCGCCCCGGUAUCCCCCCCUCCAGGCAUAACAACCCCCCCACGGUGUCACCUUGGGCCACAGUAGCAGUAGAAGACCAAAGAAGGUCUGUUCGUAGGUAGAUAGGUAGGUAGAUAGGACGUCGUAGUAUGUAGGUGUAGAGUAAGUAGCCACGGGGUGGCAGGUUGUGUCCGAUGAUGGGGCAGCAACAACCCAAGUAGUCCAAGUAGGUUUAGUACUUGUAGGACAGUGAAACCAAUGGAAAUACGAAAGAAGGGUGUCCAUUGUUGA